AUGGCCGCAGUCGGAGAGUGCUCGCUCCCCGCUCCGUGGCGGCCGGUCUCCCUCACUCACGUCGAGUAUCCCGCAGGUGAUUUCUCUGGUCAGCUUUUAGCUUAUUUGAGUCUUGGUCCAAUAUUCAUUAUUGUUGGCUUUGUAACACUCAUCAUAUUCAAGAGAGAGCUUCACACGAUCUCUUUCUUGGGAGGGCUGGCAUUCAACGAGGGAGUGAACUGGUUAAUAAAAAAUGUAAUCCGGGAGCCUCGGCCCUGCGAAGAAGCCCAUUCAACAGUGACCACAAAAUAUGGGAUGCCGUCCAGCCACUCCCAAUUCAUGUGGUUUUUCUCUGUCUAUUCCUUUCUGUUCCUUUAUUUAAGAAUGCACCAAACAAACAAUGCGAGGUUUCUGGAUUUACUAUGGCGACAUGUGCUCUCCAUCUGCCUCGUCACAGUGGCUUUGCUAGUCUCAUAUAGUAGGGUUUAUUUGCUUUACCACACCUGGAGCCAAGUCUUAUAUGGAGGUGUGGCAGGAAGCAUUAUGGCCAUAGCCUGGUUUGCCUUCACACAAGAGAUACUAACUCCUCUCUUCCCAAGGAUAGCUGCAUGGCCAAUUUCAGAGUUCUUUCUAAUCCGAGAUACCAGCCUCAUUCCUAACAUCCUGUGGUUUGAAUACACAGUCACGAGAGCAGAGGCAAGAAACAGACAGCGCAAGCUGGGUACGAAGCUCCAGUGACUCGGGAAGUGUGGGGACCAGAGUGCACGUUUUAACGCAGACGGACAAGAGCGGAGACCUGGGAGCAGCAAGGAGCCUUUUAACAGACGGACCAAAGGAACAGGCAGGGACCAUACCCAAAACCUGAAAGCCUUUGCUCUGCUUUAGCAGCUAGCUGGAUGCUCCCUGAUGCAUGUGGGACCGUGCAGGAGUAGAAACUCAUUUUCAACACAGAUGCACAUUGCCGGUUGGAAUGUACCAUCAUGUCUACGUCAGGGGAGGGGGGAGAAAAUGC